AUAUACAGUUGUGCAUAGUCGUCGAGUGUGGCGGAACAGUUUCAACUAGAGUCACCCGGACACUUCCUCUUAAUUUUUUCCCUUCAAGAUGGCCGGCCAUGUUCAGGACAUUAUGGUCUGGUGGAGGAUUAUGGGAAUGGCCAAGAAACAACGUAGAAAAUUUCCUGAGAUUGGUUGCCUCCCCGGAUACCAGGAAGAAAAUGGUGUUCGAAUUCAGACCAGAAGAUGGACCAAGAGCUUCGGUUGAUUAUCAGAGACGCUAUGGUUAUCGAGGGGAGUGGUUGAUCGAAUUAUUGGGUUCUGGUUUUCAUCCGGAUGACGUGCCUUAUCAACAGCCAUUGCCUGCUGCAGUGUUAAUACCUCCGCCGCUCUCUUUCUAAUUACUGCGUAAUUCAGUAAUUU